GCAGUGCAGACGUGCAGUAAGCCAGUGAGGGUAAGGAGAAGGACUUGCAGCUGCUCUCGUGUCCGGAUAACGGGAAGUGAUGAAUUAUGCAAUGGUGGGAGCGAAUAAUGUGCUGAAAGGGACAACCACCUUCCUUCUGCUCUCUUCCUUUCGCCCUCUUCUUCCCUCUCCUCUCCGCAUCUGCUUCCACGCAAACAACAAGGGCCUCAGACUUCCUCCGCCUGCGUUCUCACGCCACGCUUUCCCCUCCUCAUUUCACAAUGAUUUGAGUCACAGCAAAUUGGCGGUUGCAUUCUCUGGAAGAAGACGGGGAGGAUUUUUCUCCCAGUGUUCCUACAGCGACAGCACCGCCGCCACGACCUCUUCCUCCAAAGAGGAGGAUGAUAACUCCGCCUCCUCUGCUUCUAGAUCGGUAGAUUCUUCGUCUGCUAAUCAGCCGAUGCUGGAGAUUAAGGACGCGGCCAACACCCUGGACAUUAGGGUUGGGAAAAUCCUUAGGGCCUGGAAACACGACGAGGCUGAUUCGCUCUAUGUUGAAGAGGUCGAUAUUGGCGAGCCCCAACCCCGAAUCAUCUGCAGCGGCCUUGUUAAUUAUGUACCCCUCCAACAUCUUCAGGACAGGCAUGUUAUUGUCCUUGCUAAUUUGAAGCCAAGAAAUAUGCGUGGUGUCAAAUCCUGUGGGAUGCUGAUGGCUGCUUCUGAUGAGUCGCACCAGAAUGUUGAGCUCCUCCUGCCACCUGAGGGUUCAGUUCCUGGUGAAAGGGUAUGGUUUGGUUUGGAUGAUGAAAAGGACAAAUUACCUGAGGCCGCAACACCGAAUCAGGUUCAGAAGAAAAAAAUUUGGGAAUUAGUGCAACCACAUCUCAAAACCAAUGACACUUGUGUUGCUAUGCUUGGUUCAUAUCAUAUGCGAGCGCCAGCGGGUUUAGUGGUCUGCAGUUCAUUAGCUAAUGCAAGAGUGUCAUAAUAAAAAUGAAGGCUUCACCAAGUUGAUUUGUCAGUUGUCCUACCAAUUGACAGGCUUCUAGCUUUUCGGCGGAAUUGCUCAUUAUGAAAGAAACAAAAUUAAUGCUUUGUAAUUUUUUCUUAGCUUUAGGGGGACAUUUCUUCACAAUACAGGGUGUGCAGCAUAUUAAAUAUAGCAUUUAAUUUGGAGAAUGUUAUAUUCUUUAAAUUUUUUGUAUGGAAUUUUGCCCUAUUGAUGUUUCUUUAGUGUAAUUUACCAAUUCUCGAUUA